GUUCUUGUCGUGUUUGUAUUAUUUAUAAAAUACAAGUAUUUUCAUAAAAAGGUAUUUUGCAAGUAAUAUAGUCUUUUAACAACUAUGUCCAGUGAGGAAGAGGAGGAAAAUUUCUGUUUCUUCGGAAAACCUUUAGAUCCCUACGAUGAAGAUGCAAUUCCGAAAAAAAGACCCAUCACUGUUGAAGAACAAAUUGCCACGGAUGCUCAAGGGCGUCGCAGAUUUCACGGCGCCUUCACAGGAGGAUUUUCUGCUGGAUUUUUCAAUACAGUGGGGUCUCUUGAAGGAUGGACUCCCAGCGAAUUCAAAAGUACUCGACAGGAUAAAGCACAGAAAGUCCUUCAAAAGCCCGCAGAUUUUAUGGAUCAAGAAGAUUUAGGCGAAUAUGGAAUUGCUCCCCAAACAAUUAGAGCUACUAAAGAUUAUUCUACUUCGAAAAAAAGGAGGAAGCAGGUAUUUUCUGAAGGCCCUAUACCGGGCGUACCCGUCUUGGAAACCCUAUUAACAACUGGUAAUGAAACUAUUGGUUAUUUACUUCUAAGAAAAAUUGGCGUCAAAGACAAAAUUAAAGCACGAAAUGAAGAAUUCGAUCCUAAUGCAAAAAUCUACGGUUGUCAAAUUCCGCAGCCAUUCAAAAUACCAGAAAAACUUGGAAAUAAACAAUAUAAAAUACCAGACAUAUAUACUGACAACUUGGCAACACCUAAAUCAAAUACAUUCGGAUUAGAUUAUAAAGGAUUAGACAGGUCCCAUGUCAAUCUAUUUGCCCCAUCAAAUCUAGUAGUAAGGGAUCGAAACAAUAAGAAAUUCUCAAUAGCAGGUCAAGCUUUUGGUGUAGGAGCAUUCGAAGAGGAAGAUGAUGAUAUAUACAUGAAAGAAGACAUGAGCAAUUACGAUUUCGAAUUAGUAAAGGAAAAAAAUAAAGAAAAAAAGGUUAAUAUAGAAGUUCAAUAUUUAUUUGGAAUGUUUAAACCUUCUAAAUCGCCAUUGAUGCUAAAAAAGAUAUAUCCGCCACCCGUAAUUCCACACAGUUUCACGGGAAAACACAAAGUAAAAAAAUCUCGGUUUGAAGCGGUAGUCAAAAUUGAGGAAGAACAAGAAAUUAGUAGAGGUGAAAUAAAUCCCGCCAUAAGAGCUAAAUAUUUAGGUGAGGAAACACCUGACACUUACACCCCUUCACUACAAAUACAAACUCAUAAAGAUAAAGCUUUGCUAAUAGAAAAAGAGGCAAGUAAAAAAAGAAAAUCAUUUGAUGUUUCUUCAUUGAUGAUAGACAAGUUUGUUUCUGCCUCUCAAACGGAGGAUGUGAGUAAUAUUUUGGAACCCGUGAAGAAAGCAGAAACUUUACAUGGUACCAAAGAUAUGAGAGAGGCUGCAAAAAUGAAAAUGUUUGGACAGCUUACUAGAGCUUCAAUGGAUUGGACUCCUUGUGCUCUUCUAUGUAAGAGAUUUAAUGUUCCUGAACCACUAAUGGACCGUCCAGAACUAAAAAACAGAAAACGUACCAAAAAUCUGAUUUUUGAAAACCAAAAAUUCACAGAUGAAACCGAUGUAUGUUUGAAACCAGGUGUUUCAUUGCCGUCAACUUCUAGCAGCGAAGCAAUGCCAAUAUCUGAAACUGAUAAUGAGAAUAUUGACACUUCAAAUGAUGUACAAACCAUAGUAAAAACUGAAGAAAUGUCCCCAGAACCUUUAAAACCUAGUGAAGAUAAACCAGACGCAGAUAAAAACGAUAACGAGACUGUUGUUAAAGAUAUAACAGAAAAAAUUGGGGUGGAAGAAAAAGUGGAUCUCUUCAAAGCAGUAUUUUUAAGCAGUAGCGAAUCUGAAAGUGAAGAUGAGGAAACGGAUAAAAAAGAAGAAAACGAUAAUAAUAAGAAAACUGAAGAGUUUAAGGAAGCAAUUCUUUCUGACCUCGUUCCAAAAAUAAGACCUUUAAAGCAAGGAAUAUUAUCAAAUAUAACUUUCCAACCAAGAGCUAUUAAAAUUGAGGAUGCAUUGGUAAAUAGUCAAAUGGAUUGCAAAAUAAUUGAAAACAGUAGAGAAGAAGAAAAUCCUUCCAGUAGCCACAGUUCAGAACCUAAAAUAACUUCCUACGGACCUCAAUUACCUAUUCAAAAAGUAGUUAGUGGUUCUAGCAAAAUUGAUACAAUUAAUUUGAAUGACAGUGAAGAUGAAUGGGUGGAAAAAGGUAGUAAAAGUAAACACAAAAAGAGUAAACAUAAAAAAGAUAAAAAGAAGGAAAAGAAAAAACACAAACAUUCAAAGAAGGAUAAAAAUUAUUAAACACUAAACAAAAAUGAAAGGAUUUAUGGCUGUGAUUUAAAAAUAGUUUUAAGCACUUUAAUUUAAGUAACUGUAAGGAAU